GUGCUUAUCCACAGACACCAAAACAAUUACCUUUUUUCUCAGAUACUGCUCACAACCAAAUCGCAAAUAACAAUGGUUCACCCUUUUGACUCUGCCACUGAUGCUGAAAUCAGAUUGGCAUCCAAGUUGGUCAAGGAUGCUUAUCCCGCAUCUGCCAACGUCCACUUUGUCCAAAUCGAUAGAUUGGACCCUCCAAAAAAGGACAUGCUCAAGUACUUGGAGGCCGAGAGGUUUGGAAGCCCACUUCCUCAAAUCUCGAGGAUUUACUACUGCUACUACUACACCAACACUUUGACCUUCAACAAGGCGCUUGUCAACGUAUCAGUUGGACACGUUGUGACGAAAACUGAAUUGCCUGUUGGUACUGUUGGCCCAUUUUUACCCGAGGACGUCAUGGACUGGGAAGAAACAUGCAACAACCACCCCAUUGUAUUGGCUGAGAUCGAGAAGUUGAAGUUGCCGGCUGGUUUCGGCAUCAGGAACGACCCCUGGAUAUAUGCCACCGACGAUCCAAACGAGAAGAGACCUUUGGUCCAAUUCUUCAUGUAUGUAUUGGCCAACAAUGGGCACUCAGAAUCCAACCAUUACUCCUUGCCCUUGAAGUUCUCUCCUGUGUUCGAGGCCCAGACAAAGAAAUUCAUCAGAAUGGACUACUUGCCAGGUGGAUUCGACGAGACAACCACCCCAACGCUUCCAUGGCAACAGGUUGCCGGUGUCGAGUAUCACCCAGAGUUGAAUGGUGAAACGAUUAUGAGAGAACCAAAGCCAUUGUUAGUCCAACAGCCGGAAGGCGCUUCUUUCACGACAGAGGGAUCCAAGGUCAAAUGGCUUGGUUGGGAGUUUCGUGUUGCCGCAACUGCUAGAGAAGGCGUUGCAAUUUAUGAUGGUUGGUUCAAGGGCAGACAAGUAUUCUACAGAAUCUCGUUGUCUGAGAUGACUGUGCCAUACGGAGACCCAAGAGCACCAUACCAUAGAAAGCAGGCUUUUGACUUGGGCGAUUGUGGGUUUGGUAUCAAUGCUAACCCAUUGAAGCUCGGAUGUGACUGUCUCGGAACCAUUCAGUACAUGGACGGUAGACUUAUUGAUUCUGCGGGCGAACCAAAGGUCUUACCCAACACUAUCUGCAUGCAUGAGCAAGACGCGGGUAUCUUGUACAAGCAUCUCAACUACAGAACCGAGAAUGCUGUUGUUGCCAGAAAGCGGGAGUUUGUGGUGCAAACUAUCGCCACUGUUGCCAACUACGAGUACAUUUUGAACUUCAAGUUCACCAACGAUGGUAUCGUAGACAUUGAGGUGAGAGCCACUGGUAUUUUGUCUACCAUGCCAAUCGAUGAGGAUGUGACGGUUCCAUGGGGUACCGUGGUUGGACCAAACGUGAUGGCAGCGUACCAUCAGCAUAUCUUGUCGUUCAGAAUCGACCCGGCUGUUGAUGGCCACAAGAAUUCUGUCGUGUAUGAGGAUACUGAGAAGAUGCCACUUUCCAAGUUGAAUCCUUACGGAAUCGGAUUCAUCACUAAGAAAAGCUUUGUGGAUCAGGCCGGGUACGUCGAGCAAUCUCCAUUCACCAACAGAACAUACAAGAUUGUCAAUGAGAACAAGGUCAACCCAAUCAGUAAGGGUCCAGUGGGGUACAAGAUCAUGAUGCCUGCUAAGCAGAUGCUCUUGGCAGAUGCAGACUCCAUGAAUAGCAAGAGAGCACAAUAUGCCACGCAACAACUCUGGGUCACGAAGUACCAUGACCAUCAACUUUUUGCUGCCGGUGAGUUCACUAACCAGUCACAGGCUGACACGGGUAUUGGUGAAUGGGUCAAGGCCAAGGAGCCUGUCAGAAACGAUGACAUUGUUGUUUGGGCAACCCUAGGAUUCACGCAUAUCCCAAGAGUGGAGGAUUUCCCAGUCAUGCCUGUGGAAACACACAAUAUCCAUCUUGUUCCAACCAACUUCUUUGACAGGAAUCCAGGGUUGGACCUUCCUCAGUCCGCACAGUCCUUUAACAAGUCUGUGUUGGCUCAAUCCGAUGGUGCUAAGAAUGCCGCAGGCGCUUCUUGUUGUAAGACCAAUUUGUAGAUAUUUGAUCUAGAUUUUAUGGGUAAUAAAUCGAUUCAGAAG